AUGCCGCUCGACGCGCGGAGGCUCGUCGCGCAAGGACUCGCAACAAUGGUCGCGCUGCGCCUCGGCUUCCUGACGAUGCAGGCGCUCGUGCGACGCAGGCGGCGCGGCGUCGCGCGGUCCGUCUUCGGCGACGCGCGCGCGGAGUACUUCAACGGCGGCGAGGCCAGCAUCGCCGCCGUGCUCGGCCCGGCGAGCGCGCGGGGCCUCCAGGUCAUUUUCGACUUCGACCGCACGCUCACGGCGUCGAAUUCGUCGCAGUGCCACGACGGCCUCCGCCGCGUCGACGACGCGUCGCUCGCGGCCGCGCUCGAGCCCUACUGGCGCUUCGGCGACGCGGGCGGGCCGCCGCCGAUCCGCGGGCGGCCCAUGCGGAGCUGGUGGGACGACGUGCACGGCCUCCUCGCGACGCACGGGGUGACCAUGGCGGCGCUCGAGGCCGCGGACGCGAAGGAUCCCGCGGUCCUCCGGCCGGGAGCUGCCGCGGCGCUGCGGGAGCUGCGGCGCCUCGGCGUGCCGACGCUCGUCGUGUCCGCGGGCCUCGAGCACGUCAUCCUCGGCGCGCUCGCGAGGGCGGGCUUCGACGACGCGGCGCCCGCGCUCGACGGGGGGGGGCACGAAGGGAUCAAA